AUGGAUUUGAAAUGCAUAUUCGGCCUAGUAAUAAUUGUUUCUCGGAUAUCGCUUUCUUUUACACAAAAUGUGAACGUGGUGAUUCAAGGGUCAAAAUCGGUUGCUGAAAUAGAUGAUAACUUCGUAUGUGCUACACUGGAUUGGUGGCCUACUGAAAAAUGCAACUAUAAUCAAUGUCCUUGGGGAAAGGCUGGACUUUUAAAUUUGGAUUUGAAAAAGAAGGUGCUAAUAAAUGCAAUAAAAGCAUUCAAUUCUUUAAGAAUCAAAGUUGGUGGGUCGUUGCAAGAUCAAGUGGUGGACGGAGUAGGAGAAGUUAAGAAUUGCCCCAAUUUCAUGAAAAAAGAAGGCAGUUUAUUUGGGUUCUCCCAGGGGUGCCUUCCCGUGGAAAGAUGGGACGAACUGAAUAACUUUUUCAAUCAAACUGGAGUAAAGGUUACAUUCGGGUUGAAUGCUCUUCUGGGAAGAAACGAGUCACAAAGCGAAAAGUGUCUUUGGGUUGGCGAUUGGAAUUCACAAAAUGCAAGGGAUUUCAUGAAGUAUACUAUUUCCAGGGGAUACAAAGUUGAUUCUUACGAAUUUGGAAAUCAACUCUCCGGAGCUAGGAUGGGCGCAAGGGUUGAGGCUGAACAAUAUGGAAAAGACGUAAUAGUACUUAAGAAUAUGGUGAAAGAAUUACACCCAGAUCCCAAAACUCAACCAAAGGUUCUAGGCCCUAGUGGCUUCUAUGACGAGAAAUGGUUUAAUUCCUUCCUAGAAGUUUUGGGACAAGAAGUUGUUGACGGGGUUACGCACCACAUCUACAAUCUCGGACCUGGUGAUGAUCUAAACUUGAUUACCAAGAUUCAAGAUCCUUCGUGCUUGAAUCAAGUUGCCCAAACCUAUAGGGGUGUUUUUAAUAUUGUCAACAAGUUUAAACCGCAGUCGGGAGCUUGGGUUUCUGAAUCUGGUGGAGCUCUUCAGGGCGGUGCUAAAGAUGUGUCUCCAACCUUUGCUGAUGGAUUUUGGUAUUUUGAUCAAUUAGGAAUGGCUUCAACCUACAAUCACAAGGUUUUCUGCAGGCAAACUCUCAUCGGCGGAAAUUAUGCUUUACUUGACACUACAACAUUUAUUCCCAAUCCCGAUUACUACGGUGCGCUUCUAUGGCACCGGCUUAUGGGAAGUAUUGUACUUGCCGUAACUCAAGAGUCUAACCCUAAUUUGCGUGUAUAUGCUCAUUGUGCGAAGAAAAAGCUCGGGAUUUCUAUAAUUUUUAUCAACUUGUCGAACGAUAGCACAUUCGACGUAACCCUUUCAAGUUACGAACAUCGUCGUCGUAAUUUGAGACCCACGGAUGCUGCGAAGCCAAAAUUUGAAUUUAGGAGUCACCUGAAUAGGGAAGAGUAUCAUCUGACAGCAUUAGGUGGAAAUAUACAAGGUCAAAUCGUGUUGCUGAAUGACGUUCCAAUGGUUCUGACAGAUAUUUUCGACAUUCCGGCGAUGGAUCCAAAGCUUGUCAAUGCUUCCACACCCAUCUCGGUUGCAGCUCAUUCCAUAGUCUACCUAACCAUCAGGGACUUUCAUGCCCCUGUCUGUGUUUAA